AUGCCGCUCUCGCUCGAUCCACAGCUGGCCGCCGCUGCAGGCGAUGCGCUGGCAGGCGUGCGGAUGGGCGCCAGUCAGGCCCACCUCGUCCCCCUCGAGACGCGGCGGAAGCAGUCGUCGGACCUCAUCAAGGGCGCCCUGGCCACGCUCGGCCGCUUCGACGACAUCGUCGAGACCGUGCACGACCUCGAGCUGCGCGACGGCGCGACGAUCAAGCUCCUCGAACUCACCAAGCGCGGCACCGAGGGCGAGGCCAAGGGCGAGGCCAGGGGCCAUGGCCAGGGCCGGCCCGCCAUCCUGCAGCUGCACGGCGGAGGCUUCGUCACCCUCGACGCGUUUGACACAAAGGCCGCCAUCAUGCCCAUCGUCGAGCAGACUGGCAUCUCGGCCUUUAUGGUCGACUACCGGCUGGCGCCCGAGCACAACGGCACCUCGCUCGUCGACGACUGCUACGACGGUCUGCUCUGGCUCCACGCCCACGCCGACGCGCUCGGCAUCGACAGGGCGCGCAUCGCAGUGUCGGGCGAGUCGGCCGGAGGCGGCCUGGCGCUCGGCGUGGCGCUCAAGGCGCGCGACGAGAACCUCUCCCCGCCCCUGGCCAAGAUCAUCGUCGUGUACCCCAUGAUCGACGACCGCAACACCAAGCCCAACCCGCAGCUCGACGACCUCGCCAACUGGAAGAUCGCCUCCAACGUCCAGGCCUGGAACGCCCUGCUGGGCGAGGGCCACGAGUCGAGGCACGACGUCUCGCCGCACGCCGCGCCCGCGCGCGCAGCGUCGUACGCCGGCCUGCCGGAAAUGUACCUCGAGACGGGCAACCUCGACAUCUUUGUCCACGAGGACCUCGAGCUGGCGCGCAGGAUGAUCCACGAAAACAUCCAGGUCGAGCUCCACGUCCUGCCCGGCUUCCCGCACGUGUGGGAGCUGUUUGGUGGCGACAAGACUGACGUCGGCAAGCUGGCUCUGCAGAGCCGUCUGCGGGCCUACACGACCUUCUAG